ACCUUGAAAUUAGAAGCCUCGCAAACCCCUACAAAGAAAGAGUUCAGAGAUCACCCUGUCGAUUUCAGCAGACAAAAUAUGAUCUUUCGUUCUCAGUCCAAUUCAGUUUUACAUACAAGAAUCCCAUCAUCAUCGACUCUGUUUCUUCUUCUGCUAUCUCCCCAUCGCCCCAAGAUCAGAUUUUGGAGGAAGGGCUAGGGUCAUUAGUCGAAUUUGCUUAUGGAACGCAACAGGGACAGGAAGGCAGGCGAGAAGAAAGAAAAGAACACGAUGGAGGCGAAAAAGAAAGUGCCAAAGCAUGUGAGGGCAAUGCAGGAGGCACUGGCGAAGCGAAAGGAAAAGGAAGAGAGGCAGAGAAGUGAGUAAGAGGAGAGAUUGAGGAGAGAAGAAGAGGAGAGGCUGAGGAGAGAAGAGGUUGAGAGGGAAGCAGAGGAGGCCAGGAUUAGGAGAAAGGAAAAGAAAAAGGAGAUCAUAGAGCACAAGAGAAGGGAAGGCAUUCCUGUAACUGCCAAGCAGAAACAAGGAGCAGACAAGUUAGAGAGGUAUCGAAAACAGAUAGGGGUUCCACCUCCUGUUCCUGCCACUGAGGAGGAGAAUGAUCACAAAGGGCCUUCCAAAAGACCCAUGUAUCAUCACAAGAACAAGUGUAUAAGGACGAAUCGGAAAAUUCAAGUUGGGCAUGUAGCGGAGGAAAAAUCACUUCAGGUUGUGCAUGAGUACUCUGUGGAAGAGAUUAGAAUCGUAGAAGAUGACAAAGGCAAUGAAUGGGAUCCCUAUAGUUGGGAGGAUCAGGCACCAAUCUCUAGCGGCACAGAGAAGCUAAGAGAAACUGAGGUUGAGGUUGAAGUUGACAUGAAGAAAGAUGCUGAUGUGGAAGGACCGAGUUCAGUUUCUGCUGUUGAAGAGAGUGAAGAAGAGAACUUUCUGCGUUCGCCGAUUUGCUGCGUUAUGGGGCAUGUUGAUGCUGGUAAAACUAAGUUGCUGGAUUGCAUCCGCGGCACGAAUGUUCAGAAAGGUGAGGCUGGUGGUAUUACUCAGCAGAUUGGUGCAACUUAUCUUCCUGCUGAGAACAUACAAGAGAGAAUCAAGGAGCUGAAAGCUGCUGAUGAUAAGCACAUGAAGGUACCGGGUCUGUUGCUUAUUGAUACCCCAGGGCAUGAGCCAUUCACUAAGUUACGGUCACGGGGUUCCGGUUUGUGUGACAUUGCUGUUUUGGUUGUUGACAUUAUGGAUGGCUUAAAGCCUCAGACUAUAGAGUCACUCAAUCUUUUGAAGUCAAGGAAUACUGAAUUCAUUGUUGCAUUGAAUAAGGUGGACAGACUCAACGGGUGGAAGCCUUGUCCAAAUGCACCAAUUAUCAAGGCAAUGAAGCAGCAAUCUCAGGAUGUGAAAAAUGAGUUCAAUAUGAGAGUCGUGCAGAUUGUCACUCAGUUCAAGGAGCAGGGGAUUAAUACUAAAUUGAACGUCAAUGAGAACAAACGGAUGAGGGAAACAUACAGCAUUGUACCUAUAAGUGCCAAGAGUGGUGAAGACAUCCCAGAUUUGUUGUCACUGAUGGUUUAUUGGACCCAGAAAUCUAUGACAGAGAAACUGACUUACAGCAAUGAAGUGCAGUGUACAGUGUUGGAGGUCAAGUAUGUUGAAGGCCUUGGGACAACAAUUGAUGUUAUAUUGGUUAAUGGGGUGCUUCGCCGUGGAGAUCAAAUAGUUGUUUGUGGUAACCAUGGUACUCCUAUUGUUACUAGGAUUCAAUCUUUGUUGACCCCAGAGCCGAUGAAAGAGCUUCGUGUGAAGGGAAAGUAUCAGCAUCAUAGUGAAAUCAGAGCUACGCAGGCUAUCAAGAUCACAUCACCACAGGGGUUUGAACAUGCUAUUGCUGGCACUGCUCUCUAUGUAGUAGGGCCUGACGAUGACUUGGAAGAGGUCAAGGAAGCAGCUAUGGAAGACAUGAUGAAGUCAGUCCUUGUGAACAACAACAAGAAUGGUAGUAGUAGUACGGCUGGUGACGGAGGAGUUUGUGCACAAGCAUCAACUCUAAGCUCUUUGGAAGCAAUGCUAGAGUUUCUGAAGGCCCAAGAAGUUAAUAUUCCAGUUCGUGGAAUUGGCAUAGGCCCUAUACAGAAAAAGGAUGUCAGGAAGGCCAGUGUGAUGCUCGAAAAGAAGAUCUUGGCAUUUGAUGUCAAAGUGACACCGGAGGCCCAGAAACUUGCAGAUGAAUUGGGUGUGAAGAUUUUUGUUGGUGAUAUAAUCCAUGAGGUGAUUAAGGCCUACAUGCAAAACCUCAAGGAGGAAAAGGAGAAGGAGUUAGCUGCUGUGGAUGAGGAAGCUGUCUUUCCAUGUGUGCUCAAGAUUUUACCCAACUGUGUUUUCAACAAGAAGGAUCCAAUCAUAGUUGGGGUUAAAGUUCUUCAAGGCAUUGUCAAGGUUGGGACUCCACUUUGUAUUCCUCAGAGGGACUUUGUGGUUAUUGGGCGCAUUGAGUCGAUUGAGAAUAACCAUAAACGUGUUGAUAUGGCCAACAAGGGGAAGGAAGUUUGCAUUAAGAUUGUUGGGACGAAUCCUAAUCAGCAGCAGGUGAUGUUUGGUAGGCACUUUAACAUUGAAGAUGAACUUGUCAGCCAUAUCUAUUGGUUGAUUGAUGUGCUAAAAUCAUGCUACCGGACCGACCUGUUGCAGGAGGAGUGGAAGCUGGUUUUGAAAUUGAAGACUAUUUUCAAGAUACUGUGA